CUCGAGAAUGAAAUGUUAUUUACAUAGUACGCUUUAAACAAUUUCGAUAAAUUGAAAUAAGCAUUGACAGACAAAUAUCACUCCACUAACUUGGAAUUUAUUGGAAGUAGUAAUGAACACUGUCGUGGUAACGCAAAAAGUGUUAAAAAAUGUCUUCAAAACUGCUCUUGUCUUUAUAAUAUUUCUACAAACGUUAUCCAUGUAUCUACAUUUGGAUUUCAAAAUAUACAGCUAUGCUAAAAUCAAUUACAUGGCAGGGAGAAUAAACAGAACACCUGGAAUGCAGAAAAGGCAUAGCAGUUCUAUGCGAUGGGAUAGAAAUCAAAAGUACAGAUUUAACUGUACCAAUAUGAAUAAAAUACAAAUAUCAGAGUAUAACAGAGGAGGAGGGUGGUCAAAAAUUGUCGACAUUGGUACAUUUGAAAAUCAAAAAGUUGUCAUUCAAAGACUGUCACCUUCCAAAAAACCGAAAAUCAGUCAAAACAGAAGAUUGGUCUUGUUUAUGAAAAAUCUACUGAUGAGAGAUCAACUGAACCACCCCUCAAUAAUUAAAAUGUUAGGAUACUGCUUACGACAUAUUAAAGGUGAAGGUCACAGCAAUUCUUCAUAUUACGGAGAUCUCUCGGUUGUUUUCGAAUAUGGUACUGAACUAGACCUGAACGCAUUAAAUCUUACAAUUGGUGAGAGAUUGAAUCAUGCUGCUGACCUUGCUAGUUUGUUGUCCUACCUGCAUAAUUCACCUUUGGGAUCAUUGGAAGAUUUCGACAUUAAGCCCGCACAUUUUAAAAUGGUAAAUGGUAAAAUAAAACUGAUAGAUUUAGAUUUUAUGAAAAAUGUGGAACCGAUCUGCUUUUUGUCCUCCUCGCAUAAGAAUUUCAAGCCAUGUCCAUUUAACAUUAGUUGUCAAGAACUAAAUGACGUCGAAAUGCGGUAUACAAAUUGUCAAACAGUCCCAUGUGAGGUGGGUGUUUGUAGAGGUACAAAUGUUAAAUAUAAUCUACAAAAAAUAAACACAAUCUUCUUCCAGGUUUUGUUGAAACCAACAUUUUUCCCAUUUGCAUUGAACUUUUCGUUAUCCAGGUUACUGACACAAUUGAAUAAGACUAAUAUUGGCGUUGAUGCUUUAGAAAAAGAAAUUAGGAGCAUAACACUCGCUUAUACAAAUUUGAGCACGCAUUAGAAGAGACUGCUCUGAGAAUAAAAAUAAAGACAGAAGCAGUUUU